CUAAAAUGGCGCUGUCGACGUGAUGUUUUGGUCACCAAAUCGAUGAAUAUUAAUCUUGAACAGCUGUUAGUGAGCUGAAUAAACGCCGGAUAUCGGCAGGAAUAGAAUGAGAAAGUUGUGUAAGGGGUUGACAAGCUGGGGAAGGUCCCAUUGGCCUCGUUCAAGACGCUAGCACGCAAUUGACAUAAUGAGCAAGCGUAAGGCUCUAAUGCCUGAUGUCUUCAAGCGGAGAAAGCGAGUUCACGUAGGUGCUCCUGUGAGACCCGCCCCCUCCAGUCCGCAGUGGGGUUCGGACAGCGAAGAACACAUCAGCGCGGCCGCGCCCAGCGACACGAAGGCCGCCAUGAUGUACCUGUGCUCGCUGUUCCCCAAGCAGACGUACGAGGGGAGGAUUCCUCCAAUCAUCAUGAAGCAUCAGCUGUACAGUGUGGUGAAGAAUAAGACUCUGGUGGACAGGCAACUGAACGACCUGAGAAAUGCACAUGAAGUAAAGAUGAUGAAGUUGGGGAACGAAGUAGACGAAUACUGCCUGGUCUUUACAGAGGACUACAAGAACCACAUCACAGCGUUUUAUGGCCAGGAGCUCUCCAAAACUGUUGAGAGGUUUCUAAAAGACGUGGUGAGCAGGACCAAUGAGAUGUGCGUGACCCAGCAAAUCAUGACGGACCACAAGUUCACGGAUGUGGAGAUCACGCAACUGGUGAAUGCUGGAGUGUUGACAGUCCGUGAUCUGGGCAGCUGGUGGCUCGCCAUUCCAGGGGCAGGGCUCUUUGUCAAACACUUCACAAAAGGUAGAAAAGCUAUCCUGGCUUCCAUAAGAAAAAGCAAGUACAAAGAAAUCCUGAAACAGGAACUGGAGUCCAGAAAGAUGACAGCCUCUGUGAAACUGGGGAUGUCUUAUCAUAUCCAUGAUAUCAUUGGGGGAGACCUGGUCACAUGCAUUGAGACCACGUCAGGAGAACUGCUAAGGCUGAAAGAUGACUGACAUCAGACUGUUGUGGUUAUGAUAUCGCUCAUGAUAGCCAAAAAUAUCAAUUGAUAUUGCUGCUGAAGUUUAAAA